GCUAGAUGUGUAGGUAGACUGCUGAAUACUUUUCAAGUAUUGAAAGGCAACGUUGGGCUUUUAUGCAUCUUCAUGGAUGUUGUAUCUCUGGUUUUACAAGAUGCAUACGGUCGUGUGCAGUUGCGAGGACUACCUUGUAAAGAUGUUCGGGAAUUGGCGCAUGUCAUCAGUGCGAGUAUUAGCAAUCCCUCUGUCACUAGUGGGCUCUCUCCACCUUCCAAUGAACCUGAUGAAGUUCAAAAAGAGAUGGAAAGCCCAUCUCACUGUCAUGGAAAUGUAGUUACGCCUCUGGCUCUCUCACUUGUUGAAAAAAUGUCAGUCAACCUCCUGGAUCACGAGUCACCACAGGACCUCAGACGGUACCUACAAAGUCUGUUUCGGGUGCUUCAUGAAGAAUUCAAUUUCAUUUCAAGCACUUUAUCUCUUUUUGGAAACAGGAAUCGAUUGGUGUCCCAUUUGGCAGCAAAAUGUCUGUCCUCACUCUUAAUUUGUGAACUUCAGAGUUCAAAUGCACGUGGCAUAGUGAUGCAAAGGAUGAGUGAAGAGGCAUUCCAAAUGCACAGCUCCUGCUAUAAAUUGGAUGCUGCCAUCUGGUCCCUCACGGCUGUGAUUAAGGAAGUCCUCAAAGGCAACACUGGGCACAAGUCAGAGCACAUUGAAAUGUUACUCGCAAGGACGGACUCGGGUAUCACAUCCUGGUACUCCUCUCUUCUCCAGGCUGAGGACAGGACCAGGACCGCUGGUGACUGGGAGACAACACUGACUACGUUCAUGGACCUGCUGGAAGCCCUCACUGCUGCCCGAUUCCGGCUGGGUGCCUGUGUCUCGAGCCAGAGGCUGCUGUUCCUCCGAGCUCCAGCUCUUCUACAACUUCUAGACGCUCGCGUAGACUACUACGUGAAGAAGCAUGUCCUUUUGCUGCUGAAGAAAACGCUUCUUCAGAGGACUGGUGAGGAUUGGCUCUCAGGGGCGCUAGUCCCCACGGCCCACGGAGACCCGUACCUUGUUGAGGACAUGGCUGCGCUCACAGGGUCUGUGCUAGAGGCGGUGGACUGUGAUUGGCUGGGUCAUGUGCCUGUGAGAGCCAGCCCCAGUUUCUUUGGUGGGUCCGACCAGUCACGUCCAGAAGAAAGAGCUGAUGAUGUGAUGCUGAGAGCGGUCAGCCUCGUUCUUCUGAAAUCCCUGGAGCACCAAACGCAGACAGCUCAUAGUAAGUGUGGCAGCCAGACCAUCCAUACAUUGAGGCAUUUAAAGAAGCUACUUCUGUUCCUGAACCAGCAUUGUGUUCAGCUGAGGCAGAGCGGUCAUCCUUGUUUCUGUGUGUCACUGGUGUUUGCGGACCAGGAUGAUGACAUGGUAGAGGCCGCCAGGGCGUUAAUUAUACUACACACACAUCAGAAAAGCUUGGGUGUCCUCUCCGCGACCAACUCUUGUGAGAUGGGGUUGAACCCCCACUGCCAUUUUGUGCUACUCCUUAGAGGUCUUGCGUUCGACCACUCUGUGCUGCUCGAUUUCCUGAUCUCUUCGGAAACCUGCUUCCUGGAGUACGUCGUCCGCUAUUUGAAGCUCCUACGGGAUGACUGGGAGGGAUUCUGCAACUCGUGUCAGCUCAUCGAGGGACAGGACGCCCAAAGGCAUGGCAGAGGGUGGAGGAAGGACAGUAGUCAAACGUCGGCUAUGCACGACAUAUCCACUGUAAGUGAAGUGAGAGAAUCUCAUUCAGGUGACGGUACGAGCAAGGCCAGCUCGGGUCCACGUUCGUGCCCACGUCUGGUGGAUUAUGGCAGCUCGGAGGACUCCGGGGAGGAGGAGGAGGUGGAGGUGGAGGAGGAGAUGGAUGUGAGUGCCAGCACACCUGACAAAGGCCUAAAAGCUCCAGCAGGGUCCCACAGCUCCGAGGGAGACAGACAGUGUGUCUCGCUGCCAGACUGCAAAGCAAGCUUGGAACCAAGUAAACAGGUAGCUUUUGUCAAAUGCACACAGACAUCUCUAGCUCGAAAAGUAGCACUUUGCCUCAUGGAACUAAGGACAGUUGUGUCAAGGCUACAGAGAAAGAACCUGUUUCCUUAUAAUCCUGCCUCACUUAUAAAGCUCCUGACACUCAUUGAAGAAAAGGUGGAUUGAUUCCCUAGUUUUCACUGGUAAUACCUGUAAACAUGUAAUUAUGAUUUCAGAUGUGUCUGCAGACAUCAAGUAAAGAUGUUCUGCAUCCACUGUGACAGACUUAACCAUCUGUGCUUAGCCAUUUCAUCUAAUAAAUCUUGUGAGUAAGAUGAGUAAAUUGUUGUUGUUUUGUUAAGGUAUCGUGCUGUGAAAAAGUAUUUGCCCCCUCCCGAUUUGUUUUAUUUUCGCUUAUUUGUCGUACUUAAAUUUUUCAGAUCAUCUAACUAAUUUUAAUAUAAGACAAAGACAAUGUGAGUAAACAUAAAAUGCAGCUUUUAAAUGCUAAUUUCAUUUAUUGAAGGUAAUCAGUUGUUCAAAACCUCUAUCACCUGAUGUGAAA